AGCAUGUGUGCAUGUGGAUACUAAACAAUUAAGCUCCCUCUCUCCUUCUGUCUCUCUCUCUCUCUCUCUCUCUCUCUUUCAGAACAAUUUUUUUUGUCCCUUUUUUUUCCUUUUACAUCCAGUUUCAAUCAAGUUUUUUUUUUCACGCUAUACCUAUUUCAAUAUUGCAACACUUUGAAUAUUCAUCAUGAGUGCUGGGAAAGGACGUUUCAACAAUAGAAUCAAAGCAGCCGGUUUAAAAAUACAACUCACGCCGCCUGUGGUCACUGAAGAGGAUACUGAUCAACCACCGCAGUUUCAACCACCUUCUUUCUUAUCCGAGCAUAACGGCAGCAGAAGAAAUAGUACAAAAACCAGUGAAAUCAACUGGCGCGAAGAUAUUGUACGUAUCGUGCGACACCAACGAAGUUGCAAUGAUAUCUCGUCCUUAGCAGCAGCUGCCACAGCCACCACUUCAGAAACUCAGGAAGUAAAUGAUAUGAGCUCUGAAGAUUUUGAAAACUUGAAAAAACUGGGUGAGGGUGCUGCAGGGACAGUAUGGCAGGUAAAGCAUAAGCCUACCAACAGAGUCAUGGCAAAGAAGACUAUCACCGUGGAUCCUGACCCUCAGUUACAACGACAAAUUCUUCGAGAAUUAUCCUUUUUAAAAACGUGUCAAUCUCCACAUAUUGUAUCAUUUUAUGGCGCGUUUCUCGACGAUGGAGAUACCACCAUUGUUCUUUGCAUGGAAUAUUGUGAAGGAGGAAGUUUAGAAGAUAUAUACAAGAGAGCGCAUCAAAUCAACGGCAUUAUCGGCGAAACCAUUCUCGCCAACAUUGCAGAAUCAGUAUGUAGAGGACUGAUCUAUCUUCAUGAGCAACAUGUGAUUCACAGAGACAUUAAGCCAUCCAACAUUUUAAUGACAAGAAAAGGCCGAAUCAAACUGUGUGACCUUGGCGUAUCUGGAGAAUUGAUCAACUCAUUAGCCCAAACAUUCACUGGAACGCAAUACUAUAUGGCACCCGAACGCAUUCAAGGCGCCACCUAUUCUGUCACAUCCGACAUUUGGUCACUUGGACUGACCAUCAUCGAAGUGGCCCAAAACAGACCUGCUUUGCCGCCACCGGGUCAACCUCAUUUAAGCAUAUUUGAAUUAUUGGAUUAUAUCGUACGCCAGCCUAUGCCAACGGUGGGACAAGAUCGCUCCAUUGAAUGUCAGCAGUUUGUGGAAACAUGUCUCAUUAAGGAACCGGAAAAAAGACCUACACCGGAACAAAUGCUAAAGCACGAGUUUAUUCAGUUAAAAGCAGAUCAAACAUGUGAUAUGGAAGGCUGGCUAAAAGAGCUAUGGGGUUGGGCGUAGUCAAAAAGAAUAGGGAAUGGCCAAUGUUUGUUUAGAAUGAAUCUGCCCGAC